AUGCUUUCCCUUUUUCUUAGUGUUGCAUAUUCCUCUUUCUCUUCUUUCAUUCGUCCUAUUCAUCAUCAACCCUAUCCUCGUCCGAUAUUAGGCCGAGAAAAAGCUAAUUCGACACCUCUAGUGCUUGCUGGCUACCCAAAAAAGACCAGCGAACUGGCCGUCCCAUCCAAGUCAGUAAGGACAACUGAAAAACCUGAAGCUCAUUCUACGGCCACUCGAAAUGGGUUCGGAAAGACUCUCGUGACUGAGCUUCCCGGCGAGCUGAAUGCCAAACGGUCUAGCACUGCUUCGCCAGUCUUACCAACGGUUCCCGAGGAACUGGACGUCGACCAGAAAGGCGUGAACUUUACUGGUUCUGAUAGCCUCUUAGAGACAGAAUCAGGGAUAGGGAGUCGGCUGAGCUCCGGAGAACGUGCCGCCUUCUUAAGGGAACACAAUGAGUUGCGACGAUUGGUUGCGAGAGGAGGAGUCGAGGGACAACCGGCCGCAAAAUUUAUGCCAAAUUUAGUAAGCCAGUGCUGCCAAGUUUCAUGA